CUGGCCCAUGUGCCAUUAUUGGCCCUAUCAUUGAUUUAAAUCCAGUCUUACCCCUCUAAACUUUGAAUGUUCCCUUUCCAUCCUCAACCCAACAUUUUAUCAGAGACAUAUGAGGCAAAAGAGACUGGCUAAAGUUUGGUUGAUUCCCACAUCUGUACCGUUAAUUCCCUAACCCUUGAUACGCGUACUUCACGUUGUUUAAGGUUUUAACCAUUGAAAGUAACAGAUCAAAGUUGCUAUCAGCUGAGCUUUAACUAGCAAGAGGGGCAAUCAGGAGAAAUCAUCAACUUGUUCUUUUCUGUCGACGAAUAUUUGGGCCAACAAGAUUUCACCCUACGGUGUCCUGCUUUCAUUCUCAAAUUUGAGAAAAGAAAAAUUGGCUUGAGAGCAGGCAAAAUGGCCAAUCUUAGAAGUCCUAGAUCCCUGGUCCUGCCAAUCUAUGCUUUUCAGUUAUUUUUGCUGGCGCAAAUCCAAGUCUCUUGCUACCAGUACAAGGUUGGAGAUUUAGAUGCUUGGAGUAUUCCCACUUCGGCAAACCCACAAGUCUACUCUUUUUGGUCCAAAUACCACACCUUCCAGAUUGGAGAUUCUCUCUUGUUCUUAUACCCACCAAGUCAAGAUUCAGUGAUUCAAGUCACAGAACAAAACUACAACUUCUGCAACCUGACAGAUCCGCUCUUGUACAUGAACAAUGGCAACUCUUUAUUUAACAUCACUACACACGGGGUGUUCUACUUCACCAGUGGGGUUCCAGGGCACUGUGAAAAGAAGCAGAAACUACGCAUAUCUGUGCUUUCUGGGAAUGGUUCAGCCUACUCUCCCUCUUAUGGUCCUAGUGCAUUACCAGACACUGCAGCACCCUCAUACCCCACAGUGUUUGGCACAAUCCCAUUGCCGCCUUCUUCUUCACCAACAAACAGAUUUUCAAUAUUCUUAUCUGUUGUUAUCGGCGCAGCGAUUUCUGCAAUGAUCGAUGGCUUCAUGUGAAGGACAUAAUUACCAGAUUGGUAUGUGUAUAUAUAUAUAUAUAUAUAU